AUGCCGGCGCGCUGCACCACCAACAGCAAACGAGUACAUGAGUCAUGUACCAAUUGUAGUAGUAGUAGUAGUAGUAGUAGUAGUAGUAGUAGUAGUAGUAGUAGUAGUAGUAGUAGUAGUAGUAGUAGUAGUAGUAGUAGUAGUAGUAGUAGUAGUAGUAGUAGUAGUAGUAGUAGUAGUAGUAGUAGUAGUAGUAGUAGUAGUAGUAGUAGUAGUAGUAGUAGUAGUAGUAGUAGUAGUAGUAGUAGUAGUAGUAGUAGUAGUAGUAGUAGUAGUAGUAGUAGUAGUAGUAGUAGUAGUAGUAGUAGUAGUAGUAGUAGUAGUAGUAGUAGUAGUAGUAGUAGUAGUAGUAGUAGUAGUAGUAGUAGUAGUAGUAGUAGUAGUAGUAGUAGUAGUAGUAGUAGUAGUAGUAGUAGUAGUAGUAGUAGUAGUAGUAGUAGUAGUAGUAGUAGUAGUAGUAGUAGUAGUAGUAGUAGUAGUAGUAGUAGUAGUAGUAGUAGUAGUAGUAGUAGUAGUAGUAGUAGUAGUAGUAGUAGUAGUAGUAGUAGUAGUCACUGUCACUGUCAGCGGCAGCCCAGGUUCAACAGUACGUGA